AUGGUGCAUCUUCAUAAAAUGAUAGACACAAAUAUUGAUAAAAGCAGUUCUAAUAUUUCCUUGGAAAGACAAAAGAAUAUGUCAUAUUUACAUAAGGAAAAUAAAGAUAUUCUAGAGAAUUUAAAUAUAUAUCAAGAUAAAUCUGUGCCAUGUGAAAAAUAUAAUGAUGAAUAUACUUUAGUUGGUACCAUGGAUGCGUCUAAUGGUUCUAUUAAGAAUGAUAAUUCUUAUGAUAAGUUGUAUGAAGAACUUUAUAUGAUCCGUUCCUUGAAUGUAGAUAUGGAUGAAGAAACGAAAAAGAAAAUGAUUAUUUAUAAGAAUAAUUAUAUUAAUGAAAAGGGAGAACAAAUAUACAAGAAAUGUAGAUUGGAACGAUAUAAUAAUUUGCAUAAUACAGAAUGUAUUGAUGAGCAAAAUGUGAGAGUACAUGAAGUAGAAUAUUCUGAUGAUAAUGAGAAAAAUGAAAAUGCCAUCAUUAGAGAAUACCAUCUUGUUAAGGAUAAUAUAACAAAUAAUCUUAUGGGUUUGAAAAAUCAAGGUAAUUUCUUAAGAAAUAAAAAUGAAGAAUUUGAAGAAUUAAAUGAUACGAAAACAAAUACAAAAUUUAAUGAAAAAUUUUGUGCAGAAAAUUUUUUGUCAUUAAUACAGACUUUUAAAAAUAACAUACGUAAGGAAAAGGUGUUAAAUGCUUGUAAUGAAAAUAUGAUUAAUUUAAAUGAACAAUAUUUAGAUGAUAAUAGGGACUUGGAAAACGAAUUAAAAAUGAAAGCAGAAAAAUAUAUAGAGGAUGAAAAGGGUCGUAUAUUAUUUGAUCAUAAUGAUAAUAUUGUAAAGGUUAAAGAUAACGACGAAAAGGGAAGAAGAAGAAAAAGAAAAAAAUAUAUGAAUCAAUACAAUGAUAAUAUAAAUAAACAAUCCAAAAUAUGCGAAGAAGAAAAAGUGGAUUUCACAAAAAAUUAUAACAUAAAUAAUGAACAAAAUAUUAUGUUACAUGAAAAAUAUAAUGACAACUCAUUUAAUUAUGAUAUAAAAAGAAAUAAUAAAAGUAAUAUGAAUAUAUAUAAUUAUAAUACAAAUGAUUUUAAAAAUAUAAAAAAUGAAGAGGAAAAUAUAAAUAAUAAUAUAAAUAAUAAUAUAAAUAAUAAUAUAAAUAAUAAUAUUUUAUCGAAAAAAAGAAAAACUGUAUCUUUUAGUAAUAUAAAUAUAGAUACAAAUAACCAAAUAUCAAACGCAUAUGAAAAUAAUAUAUCUUUUAAUAAUAGUAUGGAAAAUGACAACGUUAUAAAUAUACAUCAAACUAAUAUAUCACAGAAUCAAGAAGAAAUGAAUAAAAGAAAUGUUCAUCAAAUGAAAAGAAGGUGUUAUACAAGAAACAAUAGCACAAAUGUAAGUGAAUUUAUAAGUAAAGAAGUUCUUUAUAAUUUUAUUAAAAAUAUGAGUAAAGUUGCAAUGAAUCCGAAACAACUAGAUUCAUCAUGUAAUGAAAUGUAUGAAGCGAAAGAAAUAAAUGAGUUUUCCAAAGGUAAUAAAAGAAAUGUACCGAAUAAUACAAAAGAUAAUGAGGAUUUAAACAAUGACAAUAAUAAUAAUAAUAAUAUUAAUUGUUCUUAUAAAGAUGCACUUCAAUAUUAUUCAUCCAUACAUGAUAAGAAAAAUAGAGCAUUUAUCCAAAAUGAUGACGAUAAUACUAGUCGUUCAAAAGAAAAUGUUACAUUUUAUGAACACAAUAAUAAUAAUUUAAAAAAUAUAAACAAUAGCAUAUAUAAUAAUGAUGUAAAUAUUAACAAUACAAACGUAUUUAAUAAUAAAUAUCAUGAAAAAUAUAAUUACAUGAAUACACCUAAUAAUAUUAUGAACACUUAUAGAAAUAAUGAUAUACUUGAAGACAAAUAUAAAGAAUAUAAGAAACCAAAAGAAAAUACAAAUAAUUAUAAUUGUUCAGAUAAUAAUAUGAAUACGUCGUCUUUUAAUGAACAUUUUAAAUAUAUUAUUAAAAAUUAUAUUAAAAAUAAAAGUAAAGAUAAUUAUGCUUUUUUGAAUCAAAUGUUGGUAAAUAAUAAAAAUAAAAGGACAAGUAUUAAUAAUUCGGAGAAAGAGAAUCAUCUUAAGGAAAUUAUAAACAACAACAACAAUAAUAAUAAUAAUAAUUAUUAUUAUUAUCAUAAUAAUUAUCAUAAUAAUUAUCAUAAAAAUAAUGUAAAUAAUAACAAUUGCUAUAAUAAGGAUAAUUUUAAAAUAUUCAGUGGACCAGCAACAGAUAAAGAAAUUAUAAAUAAUUUUAUAUCUAAUAUAAAAUCUAUGGAGAAAGCAAAAGAAAAGGAAUGUGAAGCAGAAUAUAAUAAGUUUAUAAAUAAUAAUUAUAAUAUACGAACAAAUAGCUUUGAUAAUAAUAAUAAAAGUUGGAAUAAUAAUAAUUCCAAUAGAUCAGCUAUUGAAAGAUAUGUAUAUGAAAUUUUAAAUAAAUUUAAUCGUACAUAUUGUAAUGAACUAUAUAAAGAAAAGCAUGUGUAUCAAAAAGAGUCCAUACAAAAUGAUCUUACAAAAAAUUUAAAAGGAAAUAAUGAUUCUUUAUGUUCUUUUUUAAAUGAACAAUCUAAAAUAAAUGAACUAAAUAAUAAAGAAAUUGCACCUAGAGUUUCGAACUGUCUAAAUAUUCGAGAAUACAUAAAAUUAAAAAGAUUAUUACAUAUAUCAAAUGAAAUUCAAGACAUAAACCAAAAUAAAAAGGAUAUAGAAAAGAAGGAAGAAGAACAUAUACAUUAUAACACGGAAAAUGUUGAUGUAAUGAAUAAAACGAUCAAUAUAUUAAAUUGUGAUGAAAAUAAACCUAAUAAUAAUAGGAAGAAUAUAUAUGAUAUACCGGACAAUUUGAACAAUUCAAACAAUAUAAACAAUUUAAACAAUUCAAACAAUAUAAACAAUUCAAACAAUUUAAACAAUUUAAACAAUUCAAACAAUUUAAACAAUAUAAACAAUUCAAACAAUUUAAACAAUUUAAACAUUUCAAACAAUUUAAACAUUUCAAACAUUUCAAACAUUUCAAACAUUUCAAACAAUUUACAUAAUGAUCAUAAUUAUAGUAAAAUAACAGAAUCUAAUUUAACCGAAAUGUAUAAUGACUAUAUUAAUAUGUAUGGAAAUAAAAAAAAAAAAGAUUUUAUUAAAAUGAUAGAAAAUUCGUCCUUUGGACCUGCAGAAUAUGAUAACAAUUUUUCAAAUUAUAAAGUAUGUGAAGGAAUUAUAAACAAUUUUCUUAAUAAUAAAUCUAUGAAUUCAGAUGAAAAAAUGAAUCAGCAUGAUGUUAUGGAAAUAUUGGAGAAAUAUAAUAAUUAUUUGAAAUUAAGAAAUUAUAUUAUUCCAAAAAAUAUUUAUACUAUUUCAUGUGAUCAUAAAAAUGAAAAUAUAGGUUCUUGUAUUUAUUGUUCAAAAAUAAAUUUUAAGAUUUAUAAACCUUCUUCGCAAAAUGAUUAUUCAAAUGAAAGAAACAAUUUAGAAAAUAGUAAAAAUGAACAAGUAUUAAGGAAUCAUCUUUUAUAUAAUGAACUGUUCUGUAAUUAUCACAAACUUCAAAUAAAAAAGUUGAAUUAUUUAUCAUUAAACGAUAUUAAUAUGAAGACUGUGCGUGAUUUAGAUUUAGUUGGAUGUACGAAUACGAGUUGUUUCUUUCAUACAUAUCGUGUCACUAGUUGUAAUGAAAAAAAAUGCAUUAAUUGGAAUAAUAAUUAUGUUAAUUCUUGUAAUAUUGAAAGUACUGAUGAUGGUAAGGAUGAUAAUAAUGACAAAUUAAAUCGUGAUGAAUUAAAUGGUGAUAAUUUAAAUGGUAAUAAUUUAAAUGGUGAUAAUUCAAAUGGUGAUAAUUCAAAUAAUGAUCAAUUAAAUGGUGAUAAUUUAAAUAAUGAUCAAUUAAAUGGUUCUAAUAUAAAUAAUGAACUAAAUAAUAAGGAUGAACCUAACCAUAAACAAAAUAGUGCAUAUAAUAAUUCAUUGAAGAGUAUGAUAGAAAAAUUUCCAAAGGAAGAAAUAAAUGAAUUGUUUCUAAAAGAGUGCAUUAAUUCGUUUAGAUUUCAGAACAAUAAAAAUAUGAGAACAAAGGAAGUGUUAUUAGAUACUAAACAAUUAUUUAAUGACGAUAAUAAUUAUUUAAAAGAAAAUGUAUGCUUAGAAAAUGAUAAAGAAUAUAACAAGUGUUAUAUAAAUACACAUAAAAACAAAAAUACACCCAUUAAAGAUAUUAGAAAGAAUCAUAAUGUGAAUAGUCAUACGUUCCAUAUAAAUAAUAACACAAACAAUAAUGAAAAUAAUAAUGAAAUAACAUAUACUAAAGAGAAAUUAAAAGAUAUAAAAGAAUUAAUUAAUCUAUUAAAUCUACAUAAUGAUUCAAGAAUACCAAAUGAUUAUAUUAAUCAAAAACAAAUAUACGAAAAUAAAAAUAACAAUAAUAAUAAUAAUAAUAAUAAUAAUCGAAGGGCUACUAGCAAUUUUGUAAAUACUUAUAACACAAGAAUAAAUGUGCUUCCUUUUCAUAUGGAAAAUCGAGAAUUAUCUAGAACCUCUACCACAGUUUCUGUAGGUUAUAAAGCAAAUAUCCUUAAAAAUAAUCAAAACAAGAAAAAAAAUAGUAAAACUUUGGAUGUAGCAAAUAAAAGACCAAAUAAUAUACUUACUCAGGAACAAUGGGAAUAUAUAGAAAAAAUUAAAAACUACCUCUAUGCUACCUAUUUAAAAGAAAAGGAUAAGGAACACAAUCAUAUUUUAAAUUGUAAUAAAAAUAGUACAAAUACAAAUGAAAAAGAAAAAGAAAAAGAAAAAGAAAGUCAUAGUGAUAAUCAAAUCAAUGAACAUGUAAAACGAACAGAUGAUAAACAAAUGAGAUGUUGA